AUGGACCCACAGGAGGGAGGCCGGGGAGGGUCGUACUCCACCGCCACUCCUGUUACUGCUCCUCUCCAGCCUGUGCUAUGUUCCGUACCUGGAGAUCUGUCUCAGGAGUGGCACUACCUGAGAACACAGGUGUUCCCCCACCUGGAUGCCCUCUGCCAGGCCAGAGGCACCUGCUUCAGACCAUUGGACACCCAGUGGGUUGACCGGGAGAGCCAUCGUCCCUCUGACCUCCCUGACAAUAGUACCUCCAUCUCCUCCCAGCAGUUGAAGAUCAGCCUAGACCUUAUCACMCGCUCCUCCUCCUUCCUCUGCCUCCUGGGCCACCGAUACGGCCCCUUUAGGCCGGAGCAGGACCCCACACCUCUCCCAGCUGCUGGUCCAGAACGAGAAGCACUCUCUGUGGUGGAGAGGAACCUGCAUGUUGCAGCGGAUGGAGGCUACCCCUGGGUCCUCACAGGGAGGAACCAGAAGUGCUCCCUGACAGAGCUGCAGAUCACCCAGGCAGCCCUGAUGGGUGACACCAGACACUGCUUCUUCUACUUCAGAGACUACUCUUUCCAUGGGGAAGAGGAGGAUGAAGACGGGUACACAGAUGAAGGUCAGAGGUCGUUGCUGAGCGUGUUCUCCAAACUGACAGAGGAGGAGAGACACAGAGCCAGGGAGCUGAAGAACAGGGUAGUGYACAGCCUACAACCUGUAAGGUUCUUCAGAACGCUGCAGGAUCUGGGGGACCUAGUGAAGAGGGACUGGAAGGGCCUCAUGGAACAGCUCUAUGGGUCCCUGGACCUGCAGCCAACCUGUUCAGGCCWCCUGGACUCCCUUGAUAGAUGUUAUCAUGAAGGUGCUGUCCAGGCUCUGUGUCGCUGGUUUGCCCCCUCCACCCAGRYCACUGCUGUCCUGGAGGCACUCAACACAUUUACUGCCUCUCUCACUCAUUCUGACACGUCUCAGAGUCUAGCAACCUCAAGGAAUUCAACCAUUAGGUUAACAGGCGACCAUGACAAACGUGAUUCCGAGGGGUCUAUUUUCCUGCUCUGUGGUGAGAGGGGUUGUGGGAAGUCCUCACUGGCCGCCUGGUGGCUUCAGGAGUUCCGGAAGAAGAAUCCUAGAAUCCCGGCCAUCCCUCACUUCUGUGGAAUCAGCAGCUCCAGUGUGGAUAUCAGAUCUGUACUGAGACAUAUCACCACUGAGCUACACCUGGCCCAUUAUGGUAGACACUCCGGAGUGUUAUUGCCUAUGUCUGUGAGGGAUAGAAACGACUACAAUAACAUCAACCUAUUCACUCCUUUGUCAUCUAACCCAUCAAUUCCAAAUGUAACCCGUUGUAGCACUGUUGUAUACUUACAUUCCCAAUUUGACAUUUAUUCAGAAAUUUGUUUACACUCAAUUACUUUUCCUGUGAAUAUAAACUUUACUGCUAGAUAAGAUGUACUUCAAUACUGACUAUAAAGAAAAGAUGUCUUUACUUUGUGAGAAACCAAACACUGACCUUGUUCUUAAGAAARAAACACGGUCAACAUUGUCAUACCACUCGUCUGGUCUAGACCGGUGAGACAGACCGAUGGUUCCCUCUCAUCUCACUCUUCUAAGUAACUAGUGGGGUAUUUCUAGUUUUUAUAUAUACAUUUGAUUUAUUCAGGGGAACCUAAUUGAAACCAGGGUCUCAUUCUCAAUGGUGCCCUGAGAACAAA